CAUCGGCAGCGAGUCUGCCAGUCAGUUGGCUAAGUCAGUUGCUCUUUUGGCUUAACAAACUCAGAACGUGCCGCGGCGAAGAUGGCAGUGACAUCAAAUUGCAGCGCAUAGAAUAAUAGAGAACGACAGCAAUAACAAAACCCCAAUAAAAACAACAAGAGUGCUGGGGCCGUAAAAACAGUGCCAAGAAGAAGCAUAAGCUGGAGAAGAAGUCGGCUUAGUCACCAUGUCCAAGUGGCAUCCAUCGGAUGCAAGACAGUGAAAAGAAUCCCAAAAUUGCUUUCAUGAACCGCCGCCGCCGGUGUGGAGCUGUAUCUGUUUCAUAUCUCAGCUGGAUCGUGACCGAGAGGAAGUCUUAGACCACAGAGCCAAAUUCAAAGCUCAGCCAAAACAUAAAACUUACGGUCGUCCUUGGCAUUUGGAAUAACACAGGACAAGAGGCGACAGGAGGGGGAAACUAGCUGGAGGAAUCAGAGCAGACGAAGCGGAAAAGUGGGAUUUUAUUGGCUCCCAGGACAGGACGAAUAGCAGUGCAACCGUGGCCCAUCGAAACCACACCACCUCCAACGGCAGCAGCGUCGGCAGCGGCAGUGGCAGCGGCGUCGGCGUUGGCAGUGUUCCCGUUAUAAUGGAGGGUCCUGAGGUCACAUUCCUUUUUCAAUUCGGCAGCGUUCGCGAUGCAGUUUGUGUGCCCGUUACCGCUCUGACGCUCAAAUCGCUCAAGGAUAUGGCCUGCGAUUUCAUAAACACAAAGAUACCGGACAGCGGGCUCACGUAUCUUUCGGAACGCAUUCUGCUCUUCGUCCACGACUACAGCUCCCCGAAUGUGCUGCACAUCAUCAACUCGGCAUCGGAGGUGGUGGACGAGACCCUCGUGGAAAUCGUACUGACAGCCAGUCCUAUCCUGUAUCCAACCUCCGAGAUGCCGACACUGAAACCCCAUAGCCUGAAUGUGCAUUCCUACAAGGGACCGACCUUCUGUGAUUUUUGCGGCGAGAUGCUUUUUGGUCUGGUGCGUCAGGGACUCAAGUGUGAUGGAUGCGGUCAGAACUAUCACAAGCGAUGCGUGGUAAAAAUCCCCAACAACUGCAAUCGCUCGAAUGACGCCACUUCGAGGCGUUCCUUCACGCUCCAGGCGCCCCGCAGUCCUUCUGGCAGCUCCCAGCAGUCGCUACUGUCCACAGAGGAGUCAACCGGACGGAACGAUUCGAGCAGCUCUCUGAAUAUACCCGGUCGCCAUCAGCGCACAUAUUCGUCGGGAAGCCGGAACGGACUGACCGUCGUCCGGAUACCGCACACGUUUAUGGUGCACACUUACGGCAUCCCCACCGUGUGCCAGGUGUGCAAAAAGCUGCUCAAGGGUCUCUUCAAGCAGGGCCUGCAGUGCCGGGACUGCCAGUACAACACCCACAAGAAGUGCAUGGACAAGGUGCCGCAGGACUGCACGGGCGAGGCGCAACUGAGUCAGCUGCAGCUGCAGGCAGGGGGCAAGGAGCGGGACAACUUCUUCCGCGAGGAGUUCGAUGACAGUGACUGCGACGAGGGAGCGAGCUCUGGAGCGGAUUACGGGAAAUACAAAACAGCCAUGACGGGUGGCGUGAACCUGGUGGCGGGACGACCUAGGGAAGCGCCCAAAGCCCUCACCAAUGCCCACAAUUCACCACCAGAGCUGGUCAAUGGGGGUCUGACCGAUGACUCUAUUACAAGUGGAGACACGAGCAAAUCGAGCGACGGUCAGUCAGAGCAAUCACAGUCGUCGGCCUCCUCCUCGCCCAGUGCCAACAUCCCACUGAUGCGGAUUGUUCAGUCCGUGAAGCACACCAAGAAACGCGGUGGCCAGGCCCUGAAAGAGGGCUGGUUGGUCCACUACACAUCCCUAGACAAGGCAGUGAAGCGAUACUUUUGGCGGCUGGACUCCAAAACUAUUACUUUGUUUGUCUCAGAGCAGGGAAGCAAAUACCAUAAGGAGCUACCGCUGGCGGAGCUCCUUUCGAUCGAGAGUCAUCGCGGGGAUCCGGUUCCGGAGAGCAACUACUGCUUCGAACUGCGCUUGCCAAACCUAAGCUAUUUCGUGGGGCAGGAUCCGCUGGUAGGGGCCAAGGAGGAACAUGCCGUCCGCCUGCCACCGCCGGACAGUGGCAUUGGCAGUGACAUUGCCAAAAGCUGGGAGACCAGCAUCCGUCAAGCGUUCAUGCACGUGACCAACACACAGUGCUGCGAGUCGGAGGAACAGGUGCAGGACAUGGGUCAGCUGUACCAAAUCUUCCCAGACGAGGUUCUGGGCUCCGGGCAGUUCGGUGUCGUAUACGGCGGUGUACACAAGAAGACGCAGCGCGAGGUGGCCAUAAAGGUGAUCGAUAAGCUACGAUUCCCCACCAAACAGGAGGCGCAGCUAAAGAACGAGGUGGCCAUUCUUCAGAAUAUUUCGCACUGCGGCGUCGUGAAUUUGGAAAGGAUGUUUGAAACUCCGGAGCGUAUAUUUGUGGUUAUGGAGAAGCUCAAGGGCGACAUGUUGGAGAUGAUUCUGUCGCAUUCACGCGGCAGGCUCAGCGAACGUGUGACCAAGUUCCUGAUCACCCAGAUCCUGAUCGCCCUUAAAUACCUUCACUCGCAAAACAUAGUCCACUGCGAUCUUAAGCCGGAGAAUGUCCUGCUCUCCUCGGAUGCAGAGUUUCCACAGGUGAAGCUUUGCGAUUUUGGUUACGCCCGCAUUAUCGGCGAGAAAUCCUUCCGGCGUUCAGUGGUCGGCACACCGGCAUAUCUGGCUCCGGAAGUGCUACGGAACAAGGGAUACAAUCGCUCCCUGGAUAUGUGGAGUGUGGGCGUUAUCAUCUAUGUGAGCCUUAGUGGCACUUUUCCCUUUAAUGAGGAGGAGGACAUAAAUGACCAGAUCCAAAACGCGGCCUUUAUGUACCCACCCAAUCCCUGGAAGGAGAUUUCUUCUAAUGCUAUUGACUUGAUCAAUAACCUGCUGCAGGUGAAGCAACGUAAGCGGUACACGGUGGACAAAAGCCUCCAGCACUACUGGUUGCAGGACAAGCAGACCUAUCGGGAUCUGCGGACCCUGGAAACUCAGGUGGGUGGCGGAAGGUAUCUGACCCACGAGUCCGACGAUAUUCGCUGGGAUUGUGCGGGCGACAUGUGACCUGGCUGCGAAUCGGAGUCCGUUUUGAAAGAGAUUCUCGCUGGUCCAGAGUCGGAGAUGAACUGUAUCAGCGUCACCACCAACACAACCUCCACCAGCAGUGACACCAGCAACACCACCGAGAACUAUCGUCCAUCCCCGGCGGACUGCGCCGGCUGUCAUCGGCUGUCCAAUUGCGGAGAUUCUCCAAAAACGGAGCCCAUGAGCGACAGGGCCCUGAAAUGGAUGAGGUUCCAUCUUUGCCGGCACAUCAAAUAGCAGUACAACCAUAUGACUAGCUUUAAGUUUAUCCUAUUCUCUCUUAUCUGCUUUUCGAACACAUUUUAAACAUUGCUAACACAAAAAUUUUCAAACCUAAAACUCUUUGUGCUAAAUUUUUCUCUAGAAUCAAAAUUAGUCGAUAGCUUUAAUCGUUAACCACCUAAAGGAAACUCUUAUGAAAAACACUACAAAAAUUAUAACACAAACUCAGAUGUCUUAAAUAUAUAUAUGUAUAUUCUAUAUAUGUACGUGAAGCUCAGAUCCAAUUCAGAACCAAUUGCCAUACGACAGACUAAACACCAACAGAACAAAUGGCAGAGAAACAACACAAAGCUAAAUAAACAAUGCUUGAUAAUUAA